AUUAUUAUACGUCAGUUGUUGAUACUAAAAUGCCGAUUGACCUAUGGUUAAACCAUUCCAUCUCUCACUGUGUGACUAUGUGCUUGUACAUGAGUGAAAAUAACUAAUCGUAGCGCAACAUCCGGUAUCGCGCCAAUGGUUGAGUUACUAGUUAGGGCCAAAGUUGCCACAAUAGUCGAUGAUGUCGACCGGUAACACAUAUAAAUACAUACCGAGAGCGCUCCUGACGAGACUGCCCGCCGAAACCGCGUCGAGCACGCCAUCUUAGCGCACGCGCACCCGAAAAUAAAUUUAAAAUAAAAAAAAAUGAAUAAUGCCGAGCUUUAUCAGAAAAGCAACAACCUGCAGAAACGCGAUGCACUUGAGUGCCUCCAGGAUUAUGCAAGAAAGAUUAAAUGGAAGAAAGAUGUAUCGGUGAUUGACAUAGGCUGCGGAGAUGGCAGCGUCACUACGGCGAUUACGAAAAAAUUCUUACCCAAUUGCAAGGAGGUUGUGGGGUGUGAUAUAAGCGAGCAGAUGAUACAUUUUGCGAAUAAAAAAUUCUCGUCGGAGACCACCAGUUUCAUGGUGCUCGAUAUUGAGGGGGACCUUCCGGAACAGAUGCGAGCCGAGUUCCACCACGCAUUUUCUUUUUACACCCUCCACUGGAUUAAGCAGCAAGAGCACGCCUUUAAAAAUAUAUACGAUCUACUACAAGAUGGUGGGAAUUGUUUUCUCAUAUUCCUCGGACAUAUGCCCCUUUUUGAUGUAUUUAGGAUCUUGGCCCGGAGCAACCGAUGGAGUCUUUGGUUACGAGAUGUUGACAAGUUCGUUUCGCCCUACCACGAUUCUCAAGAUCCGGAUAAAGAAAUUAAAAGGAUGAUGUGCAAGAUUGGAUUUACUAAUGUUGAAGUACAGUAUAAGCCGAAAUCUUUCAUAUACAAUAGUUUGGAGGCUGUUAAAAAAGCAGUAAAAGCCGUUAACCCCUUCAAAAUUCCGGAUGAAUUACACGAAGAGUUACUUGAGGAUUAUAUAAGCAUAGUUCGUGACAUGCAGCUCAUUGACAUUGAUAAUAAUAAUUUGGAACAAGUGGUUGUACGGACUAAUUAUAACCUAAUUAUUGCGUACGGUGAAAAGUGAAAUCAUUUAUUGAACUGUGGAAAUAACUAUGGAUGUUUUGAUUGUUGUCUGUGGUGUAGGGCUUUUUGUCUUUUUGGUAGGUUGAUGUAGUCCGAGUUUAGUAUACAAGAGAUCUGAAAGUUUUUAUAAUAAAUUUAUAUAAGUACGUUUCAGUUGUCAUUGGAACAUCAAAAUUAUUUAUUGCAAAAAGGUAAGAGAGGCAGAACAUAAUUGCUAUCUUAAAAUUUACAGGCGUUUUCUGUGGUUAUUAUGAUUUUCAACAUAUAAAUUUAACACCAAAUUAAAGUAUUUGUUUUGACUCGAAUUGAAAAUCUAUUUCUGCUGUAAGUUCUUGGUUAGAUAUAGACUAAGAAGUAAAAAAAUAAAAAUAUAUGACUUAGGAUAUUAAUGACAACAGUGCCUGUAUACCUAUUAGUUUAAGUAUAAAAUUUAUGGGUAGUAGUUUUUAAGAAUUAUUUUUAAGAAUUAUGUCUUAAAAUACUUUUUUAUUAUUUAUUGUACCUAAUAUUUAUAUAACUUUUAUAAUUACUUAUUUAAUAGGAUAUAAUAUAAAUGUAACACUGGUUAUCUGUAAUAGAAUUGUGACGUACAUACCCAUCGAUAAUAAAACAAUUACCACGCUAUAUCUUUCUUAUACUAAUAACAAAAGCAGUUUAUUAUAAGAUUUCUCCUAAAAUGUAAAUAUCCAAAUGUUUCUUUUAAAAAUAAGUGCUUAGUUGAUUAGUAUUAUAGUAAAUUAUUCCUAAUAAUAAGCAGAGAUUUCAAAGUCAUAACUAAUUUCAAAUUUAAAAAAUCCGGAUGUCUAUAAUAACAAUGUAUUAAUAAUAUAACUACUUUAGUAAGUUAAAAUGUAAUUAGAAAAACGAAACGAUUCUGUCGCGUCUCUGUGAUCUUACGAAUAAUUUUCUCAUAUUUUUUUGUUUUACAUUAUUAACCAGUCGAAUCGUAUAGUAAUUGGGAGUGGAAAGAGUAUACUGCUUUCAAAGUACAAAAUAAUAUAGUUUUACACAUUUUAA